AUGACUGAAUACGCAAAGAGACACACGGACUCCCUGCUGGAGAACCCAGAGUCCAAAAGGCCGGAGCCAGAUGCCACAGCUACAUCUGAGGGUGUUUUAAAAAAGCCAAAUAAGCCAGGCCGCAAACCGUUGGAUACUGAGCCAAAGAAUAAGAGAACUGCGCAGAAUCGAGCCGCUCAAAGGGCAUUCCGGGAGCGUAAAGAGCGUAAGAUGAAGGAAUUAGAAGAGAAGAUCACGACUUUGGAGGACGAGAAGAGAUUUGCCACUACUGAGUCUGAGUUCCUCAGACUGCAGGUACAAAUGCUUACGCAAGAACUGGCAAAGCAUAGAGGUACCACGGACCUCAGCGAUUUGAAAUUACCCUUAUUUACCAGUCCUACAGAGACAAAUUCAACCCCAAACAGUGAAGUGUCAACGGUGUUAACAUCAGUGGGAUCCGAUAAUGAGUUGAAAAGGACUCAACAGGAAUUCUCGUUUGAAUUUCCUUGGAGCCGUAAGAGUUCCACUACAAAUUCUAAGAGAAGUCCUAAUGCUAGUAACGCGAGCUCCAAUAACGUUCCAACUUUGGCAUCAGAUGCUUCUACAUGCUCAUCCCAAUCCUCACCUUUUGACUUGUACAACAGUGAAGAACAGAACGAAUUACCCCUUUUCAACAAAGUGGUUAAGGAUUCUACAAAGAUGCCUACUGAAAAGUUCAACUUCUCUGAACAUUUCGACGAAGGGGUGAACUUUUGCUCAGAUUUGGGUAAGGCUUGUGGCACGAGGGAAUGUCCUAUACCUGAAGUUAAAUCGAAUACCAAUACGCCGUUACCGGUGGAAUUGGACCAUAACGAUCCUCUGAACUCGCUUGAAGAUCCAGCGUUGGACUUCAAUUUUGGUACUUUUGAUCCUACAGUGGCAUUCGCAAACGAAUCGAAUUAUGCGGAUCUGUUUGACUCUCACGGGGAGUCUGAUCCACUAGCAGGAUUAGUCACUGAGGAGAGUGCAUACGAUCCAUUCAGUAUGUUUAAAGAUACACAUGCCAGAGUUGUUGAAAGACGGGAAGAGGCUGAACAUGUGGAAGUAGAGGAGCCGCAACAAGAACAAGAACAAGAACAAGAACAAGAUCCAGACGUUGUGCCUUCGAAUGAACAUCGCUUGAUGAAAUGUACCGAAAUUUGGGAUAGAAUAACGUCACAUCCAAAAUAUGCGGAUAUUGAUAUCGACGGUCUAUGCUCAGAAUUGAGGUCAAAGGCCAAAUGUUCCGACAAAGGUGUCGUUAUUGAUUAUAAAGACGUUAACCAAGUUAUACAGAGGAACAUUAGGAAAUGA